UCUGUCUUUAGUGUGCUCUUCCUUCUUGUACAGUUAGGAAUUUACUAGAGGCUUUUAUGGAGAGUUAUUAGCACAGAACAUUUAUUAGCAACCUUUUAUUGCAGAUCUCUUUCAAGAGGCUGUGAACUCAUCGUAAUGGAGUUUCAUCCUCAUUUUCAGUAGCAGAGUUUUUUUUAAUUAGCAAUAACGAUUAGUUUAAAAUCUGACAUUAUAAUUAAAGUAUUGCUGUGUAUUUGAAAUGUAAUUUAUGUAAAGAGACAAAAGAAAGCCUUAUGUCUUUGAUGUUUGUAUAAAAGCAAAAGCUUUAUAUUAAAAAAUCAGAUGAAAUGA